AUGAUUUUGGUGGAUGGGGAUAAGUAUGCCUGCGAACAGUGCAUCAGGGGCCACAGAUCGUCGCAGUGCCAGCAUAUAAAACGUCAUUUGGUGCUGGUGAGGUCACGUGGGCGUCCUGCCACCGAUUCCUCAAAGAGAAUAGCCAUAAUGGGAGAACAGCUUCUACCUGCUGACCCACAGCACGAAAAUCACGAACAUUGGGGGUGUCCGCAAUCCCGCAACCCAGAGAACUCUGUUAUUGUACUGAAAGCCAACAAACGACAAGUGUUCAACGUUUCCAAGAAGUCCCUGAGGCUACUGGACCCGGUCAUAGAAGUGCCCAACAAAGAGGCCGGCCUCGAACUGAUUUCAAAAAGACGCCAUGGGCGUGGUAACUGCCGAUCAAAAAAAUCGAAAACCCAGCCCGAGGAGCAGCCCAUGACAUACGACAUGUUUCUGACAGAGUCAUGUACGGUGCCAGGAUCUUGCUUGUGCGAGCCCGAUGCCUGCACCUGCCACUUCUGUCAAGUACACAACCAGGGAGUACCCCCUGACCCGCCCACAGUCACCUGCGGCAAGGUGGAAGUCCAGCCAGAGCCGACAAGCAGCGCCAACGGCAUUUUUGAGGAGGAGUGCUGUUGUGCGGACGACGAUUGUGGCUGCUACAACUGCGAAAAGCAUGGCAUUGUGAAUGGUCAGAAGAUGGGGUUACAGGAAGCUGCUCUUAGUUUCCUUAAUAGUCUGGACAUCAGCCAGCUGGACUUUGACUGCUGCUGUCCAGACGACGCGUGCAAUUGCACCAAUUGUUUCAAACACGGGAGGUUCCAAAAUGAGUCUCUAUACGGUUCAUAGAUUAUUUAGUAUAUAUUCUGCUUCACGUUUUCCGCUCAUCCAAGCUCCGUGCACGGCUCCUGCGCCAUCUAGUAUUGUAUGCUCUCCUGCAAAUCUCACGUUUCCAAACCCUCUUUCGAGGUUGAUGAUUACGUCUGUUGGAUCGUCUCCAGGGCGACACGCAGCGUAAGAUCCCCGAGCGAACGGGUCUAAGGUCCAGCUUGUGGCAACCACGUUAGUGGGGGCCAAAGGUAAGGGACCGAGCUUUUGCAAAAGUGGCCGGAAAUAUUCCCACGCAAGGGACGGGUUGCGUUCUAAAUGUUCGGUUACUCUCCCUUGAAUGAAGCACACCAGAGACGGCACCUUGCUAAUGUAGAACAUAUUGAGAAUAAGAACAGGAUUGUUCCAUACACAUUUCUCCGAUGUAGUGGUGGGGCUGGAAAUGCCCAGAAAGCGAUCAUAUUCUAGGUGCGACCAGAAGGGAUAUUCGAACUCUAGAACCACCUUCCCCAGCUUCCCGUAGCCCAUUUUCCGUAGCGGGUCCGUAAUCGUUUUGGGUAAUGGCGGGAUCCACUCAAUGGCACCGGCGUUGGGAACGGAUAGCUGCAGGAGACUCUGUGGGACCGUGCAAAUCAAGUAGUCGCCUCUAUAAAUAUUUCCGUCAGCUGUUUGGACCACGACGACGCUUGAUUUUUCGACCCGAGUUACCACCUGUUUGGUUUUCAGGCACUCUUGAGGGAGUUUAUCGGCCAUCUUCUGAAUCAAAUGAUCAUAACCCGACCUAAUCAGACAGUUGCGUCCAACAUUGUCAACUAGGGAAUAUUUUGAGCUCAUCUCCUCCCAUCCUAUACCAUGCCAUAGCUCCAGGUGUCGAACAAAUUGGGGAGCAUACUCGGCCUGCUCCGGCGUUAAAAGCUUUCUCUGCUUGUCAAUGUAUUCCUUCACGACAUCUUGCAAACUUUUAUCCUCAAUGUCAAGACUGCUGAAUUGUCGGAGCUCAACGAAUUUUGUUAUCUCGUUUGCAACCUGCUCGAUUUUCAGCCUGUGGAAGUCAUCAUUGGAGAGAUGCUCGCCAACCAGAUAAGGCUGCAUAUCGUCAUAGUACAACUCGUAGUCACCGUCUGCUACCAUCUCGUCAAAUAGCUCGUUCGUCAAAGUGUCGUGGGCCCACGAAGCUCCCAUAUCGUAAGCCGUCAAACCUGUCCGAUCUGUCAGAAUCCGGCCUCCCAAACGGUCACGGGCCUCCAAAAGCACAAACUCGAUGCCUUGAGAGUGCAAGUCCAACGCGGCCUUGAGGCCCGCUACACCCCCGCCUACAAUAACCACACGCAUAUUCCUACUCUGGAGAAUUUCAGUAUUUUAUUUUCAGCGGUGUCAGGUGUACGAAGUCAGGCUACCGACUCCAGAUCAUAGCGUUUAAUUUCGGAGCCAUUGCCCUCGAUGACUAUCUGGUUACCCUCUCUGAAAGCCACAAGCCGUGAAGCCACACCCACUGAUCCGUGUUUAUUUUCAAACUCCUUGAUGACAUCGCCAUGAUGGUUCACCAGAAUCACUUUGGUACGACUGACGUAAGCGUAUUUAGGAAAGUCUGGGUCAUCAGUGGUUGGCUGCACAACCCGCAGCUUAGACAUUCGGCGACGAGUAGAUGAUUUCGGUUUAUCAGUAGGCUCCACAGGCUCCAUAGACUCUGAAGUGAUUUGUCGUUGAAUUCGGACUUUAACUGCUGUGGAGUAGACGGUGAAGCAGCAGAUUGAAAAGCCAUGGACAACAACCGAAAUGACAACAAUAAACGUAGUUAUUGGCCACAUGACUUUCAAAAGAGUUUCAUGCGAGGACGGGUCGGAAGACCGGGUUUCCAGCAGGUGCUUGGCCAAAAGGCAGCAGAAAAUAGAGCCGACACCACGAGGCCCAAAAUGGCCGAUAAAGAGCGCGUCUUUCCAAUCACGGAUGUCUGGAGUGAUGUGCUGCAAGAAUAACAUUGCCGGGAUUCUGGAAAGAAACACGAAAACAACGCCUAGGGCCACCAAUUUACUGGCAUACGGAGAAAACUCGUUCCAUGGAAGAAUUGAACCCACGUAAACGAAGUAUGCAGUGUUGAGAAGCAAAUCAACAACACUAGAAAAACGCAAAGGCUCUGAAUCUGUAUGAUCGUCCCCACUGGGCUGUAGUUCAAAAUCUAUUUGCCCACCCCAGCUAUAAGCGCAUCCGGCAGCGAAAGAGGCUAACAAGUCGUCGCAGCCCAAAAUUGACGCCAGCCCGGUAAUUAUCAGUGACAGACCAAUGUAGAACACCAGCGAUGACUCAUUGUCAAUCCAACGGUGACUGCGAGUGAAAAGAUAAGAAUAUCUGCCCAAGCUCCCAAUAACGACACCAAAUAAUAUUCCAAAAGCACACUGGUACAAAAUGCCCACGAGAACCCAGUCUUUCACAAUUUCACCGGCAUGAAUAUUGUCUGGCCUGUUAAGAAUCAAGUUUAUUGAAAGUGUCACAAAGGGGAAUGCAAGACCGUCAUUCGACCCGGACUCGGCCUGGAUCAGAUUUCUUACGUCAGCCCGGAUUCGUUCAGCAAACUUGCUUUUGCCAACUAUCGCUGCUGCUAGGACAGGAUCAGUUGCCACAAAUGUGGAUCCCACCAGCAGCGAGUCGCUGAAGUUGAGACCGACGCUCCGGAAGAUCAGCCACACAAAUAGCGAAAGUAUGAGCCAACCAUAUAUCAUGGCCCCGAAGAGGACCAAAUUGAGCGAUCUAAUAUGUUUCCAUAUAUAUUUGGGAGGAAGCUCUGCCCCGGUAGCGAACAACUGGAUGACCAGUAUGAGCCUAGAGAGCUCGAAAGUGAGAUUGUCCACAUUAUCGGUCCAGCGUGACGGAUUAAACCAGUUGAGGACAUGUGGACCUACCACAGAGCCAAAGAAAGUCCCCACGAUAGCUUCUCCGAUGAAAAGCUGUUCUUUGAACACAAGGGAGACGAGAGAAAAAAUUACAGAAACCGCUCCGAUCAAAACAUACGCAAUGUGUGCUUGUGUAGGUUCUAG